CUGUUGUAUUCAAAUGAGCUGCCCCGACCGGACAGAGGCGGGCCAAUCAGAGCCCAUCGUAUCACUAGACCCUCUUUUCAGAAAUCAUUCAUAACGCCGAUGCGUCAAACACUCACAGAGGACCCGGCUAUAAAUACGGCUGCACGCAGGGCACAGUUAGACAUUUCCCCCCAAAUCAAACGAAAGACACAACUGAGCAAGAAGCGUGGGAAUCCGGCGUAUCCUCUUGAUCACUCUCUCUACUCUGCUCCACAAUUGAUAUUCUAUAUUUAGUAUCCAGCUCACUAUGUUGGCCGCGGGUGGAUUAUAUUUGAAGCACGUCGUGGUGGCGGCGGUGUGCUCCGUGCUGGCCACGGGGACGCUGGGGUCCCCGGUGCCGGGGCCAGAGCCGUUCCGAUGCGCCCCGUGUACUCCGGAGAGGAUGAGCCAGUGUCCAGCGGUGGCGCCCGGAUGCGCCGAGGUGCUGCGGGAGCCCGGCUGUGGAUGCUGCCUCGCCUGCGCCCUGAAGGCUGGGGAGCUGUGCGGGAUCCACACGGCGCCGUGCGGCUCCGGACAGAGGUGCACCCCGAGACCCGGCGACCCCCGGCCGCUGCACUCGCUCACGCAGGGACAAGCCGUGUGCACGGCGAGCACCGGGCCGGCGCCGACCCCCGAGUCCCAGACUCAAGACCAGGGAGAGCCAGCGGCUGAGAUGGAGAACGCUGCCAUCAUCUCGGACCCCAGCCCCAGCCACUACCUCCCCGGCCACAGUAAGCCCUACGACCCGCGGGCCGCGGCCGACGCUCAGGAGAGCAUGAAAGCCAAACUCAUCGCCGUCCGCAAGAAGCUGGUGGAGCAGCAGGGGCCCUGUCACCUCGAGCUGCAGAGGGCCUUGGACAAGAUCGCCAAGUCCCAGCAGAAACUAGGAGACAAGUUAACCAGGUUCUACCUCCCCAACUGUGACAAACAUGGGCUUUACAAACCCAAACAGUGCGAGUCCUCCCUGGACGGGCAGAGGGGUCGAUGCUGGUGUGUGAGCUCCUGGAACGGCAAGAGGAUUUUAGGCUCGACCGACGUGCCUGCGGACGCCGAGUGCCCCUGAAGGGACCAACCACUGAUGCAGAUCUCACAAAAAACAAACAGAAAAGAAGAAGCAAGCCACUGAUAUUUCCUUUUUGAUAGCUGUUUAUUUAUUGUCCAUGGUGGUGUUUAAUUCAGGUACACUGUCAUUGGGGGACCGUGGGCCCCCCCCCCUUCAAACACCCGUCCCAAAGAGAAAAAAAUAAUCUAUUUUUGUUUUUUCUGAAAAGGAGAUUUUAAUAUUGAUGCAUUCACUUCUACUCUUCAGCCUUAUUUAUUUCAAGUCUACUGCAUUUUGAUUUAUUUGUAAUUAUGUCAUGACUAUUUAUAUCUUUUUUGCCUUAUCGUUAUUAUAUUAUUAUUUUUGUGAGUGUAUAAAGUGUACAUAUGUAUCUUGGCCCUGAGUAACUCCACCGCCGAGUUGAGCUCGCUCUGCCCUUAAGGAGUCGUCUGGAGGUUUGGUUUGUGACAAACCAAGCGAGAAGAAAAGCACUGAGUGACCAAAUGUCAUUUAGAAGAGUUUCUAAAUGUUUGUUUCAGUGAUUCAUUUUCACAUUGUUGCCAUUGUCGCGUCUUCUUCUCUUUGUCGUUGCCUUUUUUAUUUUCCGAUGUCACGCACGAUCAGCUCUUUCCCAGCGAGUGCGAAACUCUCGCUCGGGAAUCCUUAAACGGUCUCAGAAAACAUUUCCCAUGGUUCCAUGGGGCUGCAGAUAGCAAGACAGGAGGUGCCUCUCUGCGCUGCCUCUCAGACGGGUAUUUCUACAUUUGCCUACCUCCAAUAUUUGUGUCUGCUGUCAGUUGUGUGGAUAUAUUUGUCGAGGAAAGACUUGCCGUUUCACUUUGUAUGUUGCUGUUCUCUCUGACCAAGAACACAUGACCACAAAGAGCAAGUCCCACAGUGAACCGUGACACGUUCUGCUCUAUCUAAAAGCUGCUGUCGGAGAGAAAAAUAAUUGUUAACGUGAGUCUAUUCCAAAGUGACUAACCGCUCACUCGAGUGUAUGUACACUUUUUGUAAUUGAGAUGUAUUGUAAGAAAAAAAACAGGUGAUAUAUUUAAUAAAAACAUUAACCUCA